GCGAUAACAUAAGAAAUGGCAUCAAGAAAUUACUCCAGAAUGAUCUCCUUCAAGAUUGAGUCUGAUAAAAAUGACUCUGAGUCUAAUGUAGAUUUUGAGGACCGGUCCCUGUUUAAUAUAAAGAGGACAUUGGAGGACCGUAGGGGUACUGAUAAUAGCCAACGCCUUCUACUCCAACAUCAGGAUAGCCUUAAGAAGAAGGUUAUGCGUAAGAACACAGCUGUACCUUCUAAUGCUUUACUUUCCCCUAUCAAAGACAAGAGAAGUGGGAAAGACUUCUCAUUUUAUCUCCCAAAACUGAAGAAAAAGGCACCAAACUACAGAGAAGUUAUCAAGAAGACUAGAUUUGAAAAUGAGUGGCCAGCAAUAGAUGCUCCACCUGUGCACUAUAAUUCCGACGAGAAGCAUGACUCAUACUGGGAAUUGGUCGCUAAAGAAGUGUUGUUUGGGAAUAAAAACAUGAUGAGAAUAUAUACAUAAAUUCCUCCAAG